UGUUUCGACUACAAUGAAUCACUGCAGCUGAUGGUGACAGGAGGAUGCAACCGAGCAGUCAGACUGUGGACACGGUUUGUGACCUCGAGUCCUGUGGCGACGCUGCGAGGUCACAGAGCCACUGUACUGGAUGUUGCCAUCUAUGAACCUGUUGAGCAGAUUUUCAGCUACUCCAGAGACGCUGAGUUGAGGGUUUGGGACAUUUUCAGCCAUCAGUGUCUGAAAACUGUCCGCCUGCAGCUCCCCUGUCUGCAGCCAGGUCAAAUCCCAGAACACGGCAACUUCCCCUUCCUCUUUCCACGCCCUUCUCUUCCUCAGCAGCAGACACAUUUAAUCGUUGCUUGCAAAGAUUACCUCUCACUGCUCCGUCUGUCUGACACCAGAAGAGGAGGAGACAAGCGGUUAAAGGAUGAAGGACGGGAAACUGAAAGUGGUCCCGCCCUCUCCUGCGCUGUGUACAACUCCUCUCUGAGACAGGUGGUGAGUGGACAUGUCGACUCGUCUGUUUGUGUGUGGGACGUGGAGACAGGGAGGAGGGGGCUGCACAUUUCUAACGCUCAUGGAGAAGAAGAACUCACCUGUAUGACACUUGACUCCUCCCACAGAAGGCUCAUCACAGGGGCCCGCAAUGGCACGAUAAAGGUGUGGAACUUAUUGAAUGGCCUUAACUUGCACAAGCUGGAGCCUGUCACUGACUCUGAAGUCACUGGACUGACCUGUCUCCAUGGCAACCAGCUGCUGGCUGUGGGGUGGAGCCAGCGGAUCGCUCAGUACAGUAUUUCAGCCGCCAAGGAUUUGUAUGUAAAAGCAGAUCUGUCCUGGAAGUGCAGCAGCGUUCACAAGUCAGACAUCCUGGCUGUUUGUCAGUGCUCUGCUCUCGGGGUCAUUGCCACGGCAAGCCAUGACGGAGAGGUCAUCAUCUGGAGGCUGGAGACACAAGGAGCGGUGCUUCAUCUACGGAGGCCGACACAGAGAAGAGCGCUGCCCCCUGUGGACUGCCUCCUGUUCCUGCAGCAUCGGGCCAGCAGGAGAACGAUGAGAAACAGAGGUGUGCUGGUGUCGUCACAGGUCGGCUGUCUCUGCUUUUGGAGCGUAACCGGACAGACGCACACUUACGGUGUGUUCUGUGCUCUGGAGCAGCCAGUUGAGCGUGUGCUCUGCCUGACCUCAGAUCAGCCUAAAAAUAAAAUCCUGGUCUGUGGAGACACCACAGGUCUGCUCCAGAUCUGGGACAUCUCUAACUAUGGGUUAGAGAUUGAAAACCAGGAGGUCUGUGAGUGUCCUCCUCUGCUGCAGUGUUGGAGAGCUCACAGAGGAGCAGUAGUAAGUGUGGAGGUCCUUGAUGUUGCUGACAGGUUGUUCAUUCUCUCUGCUUCGGUUGACGGAGCUGCUGGACUGUGGACUGUGGACGGGGAUCAAGUGGGUUCAUUUGGGCAGGAGGUGAUGUGGAACAUUUUUCAACCAGCUACUUACAAGAGGUGA